GUCUCAGUCCGUCUCUAUGAUUAUUUGUAAUACAGUAUUUAUUACAAAUAUCCAUAAUUCCUAAAUAAAAUUCAGACAUGGCGUCAUUAGAUUUAUUAACUCCUCAUUUAUCAAAGAUUAAAAUCCCUAACGCGCAACAAUUAAUCUACAAAGAUGAAUGCGUGUAUUCUUUCGACAACCCGGAAUCAGAGACUGGACUUUAUGUAUCUCUGGUCUCCUUUCUUGGCUUUGGACGCAACUAUGUCGAACAAUAUUUUCAGAAGACAGGCAAUGCUGUCUUCCUUCACAUAUGCAGAGAGAAGAAACCUGUGCCAGAACCAGAGAAGACCGGCGACGGCCCGGAGAAGAAGAUAACUCGUCUUGCGAUAGGUGUAGAAGGUGGAUUCGACCCAGACAGUGGCCGGCAGAAAUUCACCUACACUGAUCAUUACUCUGUAGUGGUUUUACCUGGCUUUCAUACUUAUCCUUGGCCAAACUCGGCUCUACCUGAUGUGAUCCAGAAAUCAGUUCAGGCCGUGAUAGAUGCGGAAUCGCCAUUUAAAAUUGCCGAGAUGGAGGUGUUAGCUGGCACUUGGGAUGGGGAGGCUAGAGAAGUGUCCGUCCACGCAGUGAACCUGAAGCAGUUAGAUAACGGCAUAAAAAUACCACCCACCGGCUGGAAAUGUGCGAAGUGUGAUCUGACCGCAAACCUGUGGUUAAAUCUCACCGACGGCUCCAUACUGUGUGGCAGACGGUACUUUGACGGUUCGGGUGGAAACGAUCAUGCGGUGGAGCACUACCGUAAUACAGGGUACCCUCUCGCGGUAAAACUAGGCACCAUCACGGCAGACGGCAAAGGCGAUGUCUACUCGUAUGCUGAAGACGACAUGGUGGAGGACCCUUACCUGGCUGAUCACCUCAAGCAUUUCGGAAUUAAUGUGCAACAACUGCAGAAGACUGAUAAAUCCAUGGUGGAAUUGGAACUGGAGCUGAACCAGCGCACCGGCGAGUGGAACACGUUACAAGAGUCCGGUAGCGAUCUGAGGCCGUUACACGGUCCAGCUCUCACCGGACUCAAUAACCUCGGCAACUCGUGUUACAUCAACAGCGUCGUACAGGUGAUAUUCCGCAUGCCCGAUUUCGUGAGGCGGUUCGUUGAGGGAGCACCGGAUAUCUUCUCAAACUUCCCUGAAGAUCCGGCUAACGAUUUCAACAUACAGACCGCUAAGCUGGGCGUGGGUCUCCUGUCCGGUCGGUACUCGUUCCCGGGCGAGGAGGGGGGCCGGCAGCCGGGCGUGUCCCCCCACAUGUACCGCCACCUGGUGGGCCGCGCCCAUCCGGAGUUCAGCACCAAGCGGCAGCAGGACGCAAACGAGUUCUACCUCCAUCUGCUCACGCUCAUUGAGCGCAACAGUAGACACAAACCGAACCCGGCUGACUGCCUCAAGUUCUCUGUAGAGGAGCGAGUACAAUGCACCGAAUCUAACGGUGUACGGUACACGCAACGUGCGGAACACCAUCUGCCUCUACCCGUAGCCGUACACGCCGCCACUAACGCGCACGAAGUACGACAGUACGAAGCUAGACGGGCACAGGCUGAAGCUAUAGGACAACGACUUGAUCCGUCAUUGGUGGUCCGGCCUCUGAUCCCGUUCCAGGCGUGUCUCGAUAGUUUCAUGAAAGAAGAAAUCAUAGAGCAAUUCUACAGCAGCGCCGUCAAUAAGAAAGUCACCGCACGCAAGAUAACACGAUUGGCGACGUUCCCCGACUAUCUUCUCAUUCAACUCAAGAAGUUCACUAUCAAAGAAGACUGGACCCCCGCUAAACUAGAUGUAGCGGUCGAUAUGCCUUGGGAGGUGGAUCUAAGUUGCUUGCGCGGUCGCGGCUUACAACCGGACGAGACUCAGCUACCUGAAGCAUCGUCCGAUACACCCGCGCCUACAUACGACGAAGCAAUACUAUCGGAACUAUUGGAGAUGGGUUUCCCCGUGGAGGCGUGUAAGAAGUCAUUGUACUACACGAAUAACUCGGGUAAAGAGGCUGCCUCCAAUUGGCUGAUGGAACACAUAAACGAUUGGGACUUCGCCAACAAAUUCGAGCCGCCAGGCUCACGUCCUGAUGCAGCUAGCGGUGGCGCGGCAGCGGACGAGACUAGCGUGGAACAGAUAAUGGGCAUGGGUUUCACUCGAGCACAAGCGGUGAGGGCUCUCACGUCGACGGGCGGCGAUAUAGCUCGGGCUUUGGACUGGAUAUUCAGUCACGCUCAUGAACUGGAUGCCCCCCCCACGCCCGCGGCACCGGACAGGACGUUGGGGUGCCGUGACGGACCGGAGAAAUAUAAAUUGAUCGCGUUCAUAUCUCACAUGGGCACAUCAACUAUGGUUGGUCACUAUGUAUGCCACGUACUCCACGAAGGCAGAUGGGUCAUCUUUAAUGACAAUAAGGUUGCUCUCUCAGAAAACCCUCCUAAAGAUCUUGGCUACUUAUAUUUAUAUGAAAGGCUGUGAUGUACAAAAUAAUAGAGUUAUUGCACCAAAAAAAAUGCUGGCAUUGUUUACUGUAUGGAAUAAGGAUUUAAUGUCUUAGACUGCAUAAUUGUGUGUAAUGUUUUUUUAAUAUAUUAAAUAAAUAUACCUUUUAGGCAAUCUUAUUUUAUAGAAAAAAAAUUUUAGAGAUUUCAAUUAGGAAUUUAUAAAUUUAUAAGUAUUUUUUUUGGCAUUUAAAAGUAUUUUCAUUUUGCAAUUAUUUUUGUAAGUUAAACUUAAUAACUUAAAUAAUUUAUUUGUCACAAGUUUUGAGUGUUUAAUAUACUAACCUAAAAGAUUAUAAAAAGUACGAAAUGAAUUUGGUUCCUUGCUUCAUUAUUAUUUUAACUUGUGAAAAUAGUAGAUAAGAUAAUAAGCAACUGUUGCUGUAUAUAGCGCGGUCGCCGAACAGAGAAUUUCGUACAAUGACUGCAUCUCUUUCGGUUGUGCUCAAACAUAUUGCUAUUACGCUCGCACAGUUGCAUGUAGUUAAUUUUGUCAUAGUAAAGUGAAUCUAAAAUGUUUACCAUACCUAUCUAGUAGGCACAAAGGUCGACAUACGGAUUUCUUUCUGUUCAGCGUCCAUGCUUUAGCAACAUUAUUUAUAAUCCUAGCACAAUGUGCAAAUUUGCUUUUGUCAUGUUACUUACAUGAAAAUAAAAUGAACAACGAAUAAUAAAUUUUAUUAUAAUA